AUGCAGUCUCGAAGGUCCGCAAGAAGCGAAAACACGCCCCGUCGAAGAAAGAUAGCCGUCGCGUGCGAACCAUGUCGAGAACGCAAAUCUCGAUGUGAUGGCCAGAAGCCGAUUUGUGGACCAUGUACACGCCGCGGGUAUCCUGUUGACCGGUGUGUUUUCAAGGCAUCUAAUGUCCGGUCAGCUAAUGAUGAGGAGUAUCUGCAAUCCCUGCAUAACCGAAUUCGAGAGUUGGAAGAGACAUGCAAGACCGUCAUCGGGUCUGCUCCUGGAUCAACGGGACCUAUUCCUGAGGACCAUCAAGAAACGGAGAAUCCCAUUGGAGCCUUAUCCUCCGUGCCUACAGAUCCAGGACGACAUGAACCAGAGCCGGCCCAGACUUCCACUCCAGUGUGUCCGCCAAGAUCCCACCUUGAAGUCCCCGAGCAAGAUGCAAAUGCGUAUUCCUCGUCGCGAACAGACACAGAUCAAUAUGCUGAGUCCCCAUUUGCCCGCAGCAACAUAACAGCGAUGGGAUUUAUCGAUCCUGUUCAAGAAAGGCCUUUUAGCCGGACAAAUGAAUAUUUUGGGAGUUCUUCGACUGCUUCUCUGAUGCGUCUUUUGGCUCGGGGUUCUGUCCGCGGAUCAAAGUCAGUCAGAAAUAGUCCCAGCCGGCAUGCCCCUGGGACAAGCCAGUUUAAUACAACCAGUAACAUAUCUUUGCCGGAAGUAGAGCCCACACAACCUCAUCAUAUUGACAGCUUACUCCUUCCGCCGCGAGACCUGGCAGAUCAUUUACUGGAAUGUUUCUGGGAUCGAAUCUACAGCUUGUAUCCUUUUUUUGAUCGACAAAGCUUUCAAGAUGCAUAUGAGAAUCUGUGGCUGCCACGCAAUCAACCAGGGAAGCAAUUGAAUGAACUGAACAUUGGCCUUGGAUCUAAGUCCGUUUCUGGUUCAAGAUCCAUUGUAUUCAUGUGUUCUUUGAAUUUGAUCUUUGCCAUUGGCUGCCACUUCGCCAAUUUGCCAGAUACAGAGAAGGAAGCCACGUCACUUCCGUUCUUUCUGCGCGCGAAACAGCAUAUUGGUCUAGAUCUGCUCGACGUGCGAAAUAUCGGAGUGGUGCAGACGCUCUUAGUUGCUGCGCUAUUCCUGCAAAGUACACCUUACCCACAUAGAUGUUGGCAUUCAAUCGGGGUGGCAUGUCGAGUCGCGCAGGGCCUUGGGCUCCACGAGGCGCAGUUGGAUGAGUCCCAGGAUCCGUUGGAACAGGAGAUACAACGACGAACAUGGCAUGGAUGCGUGAUGAUGGAUAUGAUUGUGAGCAUGACGUACGGCCGGCCGAGUAUGACGUCUCAUUUAUCUCGUGUCCCGCUUCCAGGUACGCUCGAGGCCCCCGAUAGUCCAUCCACGAUGGCCUUUUACAUCUCCACGAUCGAGCUGUACAGUAUCCUGGAUAUCAUUCUGUCGGAUGUGUAUAAAGCCUGGCGAGGCCGGCCAAACACACCAUCAAGUUCGACCUUGAGACAAGGUGGACUGGCCGUUAUAAUCGAUUUGGAGGAGAGGCUCCUCGACUAUGAAUCUCACCUCCCCUGGUUUCUUAGCUGGCGCGAGAAUAUUCCAAUUACAGGACCAUCUCAUUUGGUCUUAUCACGCCAAAGAAACGUAUUACAUGCCAGAUAUUUGUAUCUCCAUCUUCUUCUCUACCGCCCGAUCUUUACCCAACUUUGCGAUGUACCCCGUAAUCCAGGAAACACCUUAGCACCGAACACCAUCUCCUCAACAAUCAUCACAAAAUGCGCUGGCGCAUGUGUCCGCGCUGCUAUAGAUCUCGUCUCUCUAGUCUAUGAGACAUAUCAAACGUCAACCACUGACACAUGGUGGUAUAACGGAUUCUAUACAUCAACCGCAGCUAUGGUUCUGAUAAUGUCCUACACAUGCCAUACCGUCACAGACCCAGACCAAGAUACUGUCGACACAGUGUACCAUAAAUGUGAAGAAAUCCUGCGCCACAUGGAACCAUUCAGCAUCUCUGCGAGGAAUACCUUGAACUUCCUACAGACGGCUCGAGACCAAGUAGCUUCUGCGUCUCGCGGACGAGUCGAUACAAGCGCCCAUGUUGACGACCAGAAUACUCAACUGGAUAUCAAUGGUACAGCCUUUGCGGAUGAGUCUGCACAGGAUCACCUGUUUUGGGAUACCUCGAUGUUCUUGGUCGAUGAGUUGGGGUUUCUGGGCCCGUUUGAUUUUCGUAGAGCCGGAACUAUUGACAACUUGACAACUUGA